AAAUGAGCCCAACUUAGACCUGAACCAUCAUUCACUUUUAACCCAUCAUCAUGAAGGCGACCGUUUUGGUGCUGGUGCUGAUUUCCUCGGCUGCUGCAGUGCUCGAUCCCAGAGGAGGACGGCCGGUCAUUCCAAACACCAGGUCUGAAAAAUGCGCCACACAAAAAGAAUGGCCCUUCUGCACAGACGAUGAAUGGGGUCCCAAGUGUCCAUCAGGCUGCAGGAUCCAGGGUUUGUUGGAGCAAUACGAUCACGAUUUCUUAAAAAGAAUAGAGAGAAUCAGAGAUGUCCUGGACCAGAACAAAGCCAAACACCGCAACGCUGAACAGGUCACCAGACAGACCUUUGACUUCCUGCGUGAGAAGCUCACUCUUGCCUCAGGUAACGACAACAACUACAUGGACAUAGCGCAGACUUUGAGGCAGAGAAUUACAGACAUGAAAAUCAGGAUCGACCAGCAGCUGCAGGUCCUGGCGGCUCUGAAAGACAGAGUGAAGGAUCAGGUGGCUGACAUGCUGAAGCUGGAGGUGGACAUUGACAUAAAGCUGCGCACAUGUAAGGGCUCCUGUAAGGCGUAUAACACCUACGAGGUGAACCACGAGGAACAUGUGGCUCUGGAGAAACAGAUGAACCAGUUGAACACGCUGACGAACCAGAAUGUGGGUGAGUUUGUGGGAACUCUAAAUGUGAUGAAGAGCCGUCCGCUGAAGGACGCAGUGGUCGACAGCAUUUACAAGUCCAGUGACCCACAAACGGCUCAGCAGAAAACAGACGGGCUGGACGUAUUCAACGAGGUGAAAACAGUGCAGCUGUACUUGGAGCAGGAGGGCUCCAGCACCUCUCCCGCCACCAUCUCCAAAGGCCCAGGUACUUCCCUCUCCCCAGGCACCUCCUCCUCUGGCUCUUCUUCCACCUCUACCUCCAAAUCCAUCACUCAGCUGGGAGGAGGCGGUGACCCCUUCACUUUUGACGGAGGGUUUGACUCACUUGGGCAGCCCAGUGUUGGCACAAAGAGCGUCUCCUGCACCAAACGUGUCCGCACAGUCGUCGUGGAUACUGGCGACGGACCUGUUCAGAAAAUGGAAGAAUACAUAGAAGGAGGUCCGGAGUGCCAGGCUUUCAGUAAAGGAGGCACAGGGUCGCUGUUUCCCACUUACAGCUCUGGCACCAAAACUGUUCACUACACAUCCAGCUCAAAGGGAAGUCUAGUCGACUCCAAAACCACCUUUUCAGAUCCAUUUGGUGGCGACGCAGGGCUGGAUCUGGGGGCGUUUUUGACAGAUAACGUAGAAGAUGACGUUCCAGAUUUCCACGCACGAAGUUUCAAGAGCCCACGGGUCGAGCGCCAAGCUGACUACGUGGGCCAAGAUUGCGUGGCGAUCCAACAGUUCCACCUGAAAGGAGAAUCGAAUGGACUCUUUAAGAUCCAACCGGCUCCCUCAGCUCCUGCAGUGACCGUUUACUGCCAGCAGGAGGGGCUCAUGGGCGGCUGGCUUUUAGCGCAGCAACGCGAAAACGGCGCACUUAGCUUCAACCGCACUUGGGCCGAGUACCGCAACGGAUUCGGUAAAAUUGACGAGCAAGGGAACGGUGAAUUUUGGCUCGGAAAUCAAAACCUACAUCUCUUGACCAAUCAGGGCGAAACGCUGCUUAAAGUUGAGCUCGAGGAUUGGGAAGGGGGCGUGGCCAGUGCGGAGUACGUCGUAAAAGUCGGUUCGGAAGCAGAGGGAUUUCCGUUGCAAGUUUCGGGGUACAGCGGGGAUGCGGGGGACGCCAUGGCAACGCACAACGGAAUGAAAUUUAGCACGUACGAUCGAGAUAGCGACAACGCGAAUGAAAACUGCGCGAUGUCGUACGGUGGAGGUUGGUGGUACAAUCAAUGCCAAACUGCAAAUUUAAAUGGUGUCUACUACAAAGGAGCUAACAAAGACGCGGGAAAUGGAGUGGUGUGGUCGACAUAUAAGCCCCAAAACUACAGUCUGAAAAAAGUGAGAAUGUUCAUACGCUCUGCGACGUUUUAGAGCAAAAAUGAUUUAAACACAAUAUAAAACUGGUUUACAGAAAAUCCAUACCUCUUGACAAACUCAUAUUUAUUCAUAAACACAAUCAGUCACUGGUUUACCUAAAAAAUACAAAAGAGAAUGCUUACAGAAUUAGCAGUUAAAGGUUUACUGCGGAACUUUUCUCAGUGUUAUUGCUUUGCUUCUACACAGGGCAUUAAACUUCUCCAUGGAAACAAGCAGGUGGCGACCCUUCGCUCGAGUGCAUCUUUGAACAUUAUCAAUUCAAAAUUAUGAUUAUUUUCAGGAAAACCUACUCAACGCUAAUUUAUUGUUGGCAUUUUCUAGUCAGGUAGCUAGACUUGUGCUAAUAAUAUGCAUAAUUCCGUGCUUUGAAUGUUUAUGUCAAAGUUUAAAUGAUUUUAGAUAAAGGUUCUUUCUGUGGCAUAAAUGAAUUUGUACUAAAUGAGUCAGUUAAAUUAGUUGUUUGUUAAAUUUGUGUAAUAUCUCAUGGAAACAUCUUGUAAAUGUAAAUGUUUUCCUGAUCAGUAGUUUGCCACAAACUCAAAUAUUUGUAAAACUGCACUGACCUUCGUUGCCGUGUUUGUUCUGAAACUGCUCUGGACUUGAUCAAUAAAGACUUUUGCUUCACUUCA